AUGCAAUCUCUUCGACCGUCCCUUCCGAGGUUCCUCCUCCCGCGUCUGAGCUGGACGGACGCCCGAGUUGAGCUCUGUGCGCCCUGGUCUUUGCGACAGCUGCCAGCAUUUCCUGGCACAGCCAAACGCAGUAUCGCUACGGCAGCGAUAGCUUCAGCCGUGCCAUGGUCCUCGAAUAUUCACGCGCAGACGGGAGGCACACCUCGCCGCCGUGGCCGGCCACAGCCACAGCCACAGCCACAACCAGGCAUCGCUUCCAUGGCACACGCUUUGUCGAUGCCAACAGCCGCGCUGCCCCCAGCAGCACUCAGCCGGCGCAGCUUCCAUGCAUCGGCCAUGAUGCGGCGCGAUCACCAUUUUGACACGCUCAAGUUUGUGCAGCGGCUGCAGGGCGAGGGCUUCACGGAGGAGCAGGCGGUGGCGAUGAUGAAGGUGCUCGACGACGCGAUCGAGGAGAGCAUCCAGAGCCUGACGCGCACCAUGGUGCUGCGGGAAGACGCGGCCAAGGCCAUGUACACGCAAAAGGUGGACUUUGCCAAGCUGCGCAGCGAGCUGCUGUCGGCGGACAGCACGGAGGGCAACACGACCAAGACGGCGCACGAGCGGCUGGCCAACGAAAUUGCCAAGUUCAACAGCCGGCUGCGCGACGAUGUCGGACGGACGCAGGCGAGCGUACGGCUAGACCUCAACCUGGAAAAAGGACGGAUCCGCGAGGAGGCCGUGGGCCAGGAACUCAAGGUCAAGGAGACGGAGACCAAGAUCGAGCAGGAGGUCGCGGCGCUGCGGCAGCAGCUGGAACAGGUUAAGUUCCAGACGCUGCAGUGGCUGAUGGGCGUAUGCACGGGAUUUGCGGCUCUGAUGCUGGGUGCUUGGCGGCUGCUGAUGUGA